GACGGGGUGUACGAAUCCCCGAAGAGUCAAAAAACAACCAGUAUCUCAGAGUGCUAUUCGGGACUUGGAUCCCGUGAACCCCAAUGGGUAACGAAUGACCAACGGAAGCAAGGUGAUCAGCCACGUAAUUUGCUUCCCUGUAAACAUGUUCGAUCCUAACCUGCCACCCCUGAUGAAGCCAUCGGCGGAUCUCAGCCACCAAGGUGAAAUGUGGAUGCUGUGGAGUAGCCUUCUCGACCAGGCUGAUCGCAGUGCACGAGUCAGUCUGUAGAACAACUUUCCUGAACCCCUCCUCCCAAGCCAGUCUCAACCCAUAAGCAAGCCCAGUCAGCUCCGCACGAGUAAUCGAACCCCCUCCCAAGUUCGCUGUAAAUGCUCGGAUAAAUCGUCCAUCGUCCCCUCUCACGAUGCCGCCACAUGUCGUGCUCGCAGGAGAAUGAGUGAGAGUGACUGAGCCAUCAGUAUUGAUGCAGGCCCAGCCGCUCAUCAUUCAUAAAACUGUUAUUUCUAAAUACUUGAAAUAAAUAAUAAAUUUUGAACAAAAUUCAUCAUUCACCUAAAUCAUUCAUAAAAUCCUUGGCCAAAUCCACCAAGCCGAUUAUGUCUCGCAAGAUCUGACUUUAGCUGGUUUAGUAAUUUCUUACACGCCGCCGGUCGCCGGACUUACCCCUUUCCCAACUUCGCCGACUCAUCAGUUUGAGAUAGCUGCCCUCUGUGUAGCUAAAAAGAGAAGACACGAAAGGUAUUUACUUUCCUAUCUGACGCUCGCCGGCCAUCGAGAGCUUUCCGAAAUGGAAGAGUUCAAGACAGCAAUCCUUCAGCCUGGGCCUCCUGAGAAUUUCGCUCUUCAAACUGUUCAAGAGUUUAUCAAACCUCAGAGGCAAACAAAAUUAGUGCAAGAUGAGAAUCAGUUGUUGGAAAACAUGCUCCGAACAUUACUUCAAGAGCUUGUGUCUUCAGCAGCACAGUCAGGGGAGCCAAUAAUGCAGUAUGGACAAUCAAUUGAUAACGAAGAAAGUUCUCAGGGCCUAAUCCCUCAUCUCUUAGAUGUUGUGCUUUAUCUCUGUCAGAGAGAACAUAUUGAAGGUGGAAUGAUAUUUCAGCUGUUGGAAGACUUGACUGAAAUGUCCACCAUGAGGAAUUGCAAAGACGUAUUUGGCUACAUAGAGGGUAAACAGGACAUACUUGGGAAGCAAGAACUUUUUGCUCGUGGAAAACUUGUUAUGUUGAGGACUUGUAAUCAACUUCUUCGACGCCUCUCAAAGGCAAAUGAUGUUGUUUUCUGUGGACGAAUUCUCAUGUUUCUCGCACACUUUUUCCCAUUAUCAGAGCGUUCAGCGGUUAACAUUAAAGGAGUUUUCAACACAUCAAAUGAGACGAAGUAUGAAAAGGAUCCACCAGAAGGCAUUUCUAUUGACUUCAACUACUACAAAACAUUGUGGAGUUUACAGGAAUUCUUUUGCAACCCUGCCUCCUUAACCGUUUCGCCAGCCAAGUGGCAGAAAUAUACAUCUAGUCUAAAGGUUGUGUUGGAUACCUUUGAAGCACAACCGUUGAGUGAGGAAGAAGGAGAUGCAAAUAAUUUGGAGGAAGAGGCAGCAUCUUUCAACAUAAAGUAUCUUACUAGCAGUAACUUGAUGGGACUAGAGUUAAAAGAUCCGAGCUUCCGCCGCCAUGUUCUUGUACAGUGCCUUAUACUCUUUGAUUAUCUUAAGGCUCCUGGUAAAACUGACAAGGAUGUCACUUCUGAAACUAUGAAAGAAGAGAUAAAAUCCUGCGAGGAGCGUGUGAAGAAAUUACUGGAGAUGACUCCUCCUAAAGGAAAAGAUUUUCUUCGCAAGAUUGAGCACAUAAUAGAACGUGAAAAAAACUGGGUCUGGUGGAAGCGUGACGGAUGUCCUCCAUUUGAAAAACAACCAGCAGAGAAGAAAUCAGUCCAGGAAGGAAAUAGGAAACGUAGACCGAGGUGGAGGUUGGGAAACAAAGAACUAUCUCAAUUGUGGAAAUGGGCAGACCAAAAUCCUAAUGCUUUGACUGACCCUCAGCGUGUUCGGACUCCUUCAAUCACGGAAUAUUGGAAACCCUUGGCUGAAGAUAUGGACCCGGCAGCUGGAAUUGAAGCAGAAUAUCACCACAAGAACAACAGGGUAUAUUGCUGGAAAGGUCUGCGGUUCUCAGCAAGGCAGGACCUCGAGGGUUUUUCAAAAUUCACUGACCUUGGUGUUGAAGGAGUAGUUCCUCUAGAAAUUCUGGCACCCGAUGUCCGAUCCAAGUACCAGGCUAAACCGAGUGACAGAUCUAAGCGUGCCAAGAAGGAAGAAGCCAAGGGUGGGCCACAACCACCAGAAGAAGCUCAGGCUGCAAGUGAGAACGAUGGUGAAGGUGCUAGGCCAGUUGAUGUUGAAGCCUCGGCAGCGCCAAUGGAGACAGAUGCAGCAACUGUAAACACUUCCCAAGAUGGUGGUAGUCCUCCAACACCGGAGGAGGAACAAAAGCAGAACUCCGAUACUGAUGUGGGUCAAGAAGCAGGGCAACUCGAAACCGAUGGACCACUUGAACAGGAUGGCGAAGCAGUAGAAACAGGGACGGGUGACGGAGAGACCGACGCUGAGGCAGAUAUAGAAGCUGUGAGCUGAAUUAUCUCUCUAUUGUGGUGAUACCAGAAGCGUAAGAGCUCGGACAUGAAUGUGUCGGCAAAAACAGUGACGAUGGCACUUGAUUCUCUUCCAACCAUGACCCAAACAGUAAUGACAGCAAAUAUUCUGUAAUGUCAUUUUAUGUUAGCACCUUAUAUGUUAUAACAUAACCAGAAAUCUUUAGCGUUCCAUUAUGCAGAAUGGAAUCGACGGGUUGACGUAAGAAAAAAAAUGUACUUUGUGGGUAAUAUUAUGAAAUACGUGUAAUGUUUAGAAUACAAAAUUUCAAACCAUGAUGUAUUUGAAUUAUAACAUUUCAAACAUGCUCCACCCUGGAAACAGAAUUUGAGAGGGAGGUGUUUGAGGACUGAGUGCAACUUAGAGCUUUUAUUGUAAUUUACGACAAUUAUGAUUAAACAAUCUCAUUUUUU